AUGGGGAAGACGGGCCAGAGCACAGUGACAUUAAAUUCCCCAACUGAGGUCAAACAGGCCGUUCCUUUUGAGGAAAUGGACUCAGUGGCACCCUCUGGAAAGGCAAAGAAGAAAGAAGAGCCUCCAGAUAGGGGCAGCUGGAAGGGAAAGUUCGACUUCCUGUUGUCUUGUGUUGGUUAUGCUAUUGGUUUAGGAAACGUCUGGAGGUUUCCCUACCUGUGCGGAAAGAAUGGUGGAGGGGCUUUCCUUAUCCCAUAUUUCACAACACUGGUGUUUGCUGGAAUCCCUCUGUUCUUCCUGGAGACAUCUCUGGGACAGUUCACCUCAGUGGGAGGCCUUGGAGUGUGGAGACUCAUCCCAAUGAUGAAAGGUGUGGGCUUGGCUGCAGUGGUGCUUUCCUUCUGGCUUAACAUCUACUACAUUGUCAUCAUUGCCUGGGCUCUGUAUUACCUAUUCAACUCUUUUGGUUCGGAGCUACCAUGGCAAAGCUGUGACAAUCCGUGGAACACAGAUCAGUGUUUCUGCAACUAUAGCCUGAUGGACACCACCAACCUGACCAGUGCAGUAGAGGAGUUCUGGGAGCGGAACAUGCACCAGUUGACCAAUGGACUGGAGGAGCCAGGGGAGGUGCGCUGGCCCUUAGUGGGGACUCUAGCCCUUGCAUGGGUCUUGGUCUACUUCUCCAUUUGGAAAGGGGUGGAGUGGACCGGAAAGGUGGUGUACUUCUCUGCCACCUACCCCUACUUCAUGCUAUUUAUCCUGUUUUUUCGUGGAGUAACUUUGCCUGGAGCUAUUGAUGGGAUCCUUUUUUAUAUCACUCCAGACUUUAACAAACUAAUGCGAUCAGAGGUUUGGUUGGAUGCAGCAACUCAGAUCUUCUUCUCUUAUGGACUUGGCCUUGGAUCUCUUAUUGCACUGGGGAGCUACAACUCAUAUAACAAUGACGUUUAUAAGGACUCAAUAAUUGUGUGUUGCAUCAACUCCUGUACAAGCAUGUUCGCUGGAUUUGUCAUCUUCUCCAUUGUAGGCUUCAUGUCCAACAUUACCAAGAAACCUGUGGCUGAACUGGCAGCAUCAGGGCCAGGGCUUGCCUUUUUAGCUUACCCCCAGGCAGUGACCCAGCUCCCUAUGUCCUCUCUGUGGGCUAUCCUUUUUUUCUCUAUGCUGAUGAUGCUGGGGCUGGAUAGUCAGUUCUGUACUGUGGAGGGUUUCAUCACUGCUCUGAUGGACGAGUACCCCAUGUUACUGAGGAAAAGGAAGAAGCUCUUCAUCCUUGUCGUGUGUUUCAUCUCUUUCAUUAUCGGCUUCUCUAAUAUCACACAGGGUGGGUUGUAUGUGUUCAAGCUGUUUGAUUACUACUCUGCCAGUGGGAUGUGUCUGCUCUACCUUGUCUUCUUUGAAACAGUGUCAAUCUCCUGGCUUUAUGGAGCAGAGAGGUUUUAUAAAAAUAUUGAAGAUAUGAUUGGGUAUCGGCCAUGUAUAUGGUGGAAGCUCUGCUGGAUGGUCUUCACUCCACUCAUCUGCUUGGGAGUUUUUACAUUCAGUGCCAUAGAGAUGACCCCCCUGACCUUGGGGAAGUACGUGUACCCGCUGUGGGGUCAGGUGAUUGGCUGGUUCAUGGCUCUGUCUUCUAUGGUGCUGAUCCCCGGAUAUGUUCUCUACAUCUUCUGCACCAGCAAGGGAAGCAUCAAAACGCGUUGGCGAACGAUGACAACUGCCCGGGAGGCUGAGAAACCACCGGUGCAUGAAGAUUCGUCACAAACAGGAGGCGCCGGUGAGGCUCCUGUGUAACUGCGCUCUGUCAGGCAGAAGUAAUCACAA